CCAGGGGACCCAGGGUGCUGUCUCCUCCCACGCUGUUUUCCUUACACGCUCCUCCCCUUGUCGCUUCUACCCCACCCUCUACUGACCUAAACUAAACUGCUUCCUGGGCGGGAACUGUUUAGCUUUUUCCUGCACCAGUGAGGGUUGGUGGGGUGACUCACAGCCCUUGGCCUUCGGGGUAUAUGGAGCCCAGGAGGGCGGUGCCUGAAGGGCAGGGCUGGGGGCCUCCAGCGGCCACGGGGGUGGAGACGGCCGCGGAGCUCGUGUACCAUCUGGCGGGGGCCCUGGGCACUGAGCUGAAGGAGCUAGCACGCCGCUUUGGGCCAGAGGCCGCAGCGGGGCUCGUGCCUCUCGUAGUGCGGGCGCUGGAGCUACUGGAAAAGGCUGUCGUGGGGCCCGCCCCCGACUCGCUGCAGGUGUCGGCGCUGCAAGCUGAACUGGAGCUGCAGCGGCUGCACAAGGAGAACGAGCACCUCCGCAGAGAGUUGCGCCAUGGUCCACAGGAGGAGCGUGCUCUGCUGCGGCAGCUCAAGGAGGUGACCGACCGACAGCGGGACGAACUCCGGGCAUACAACCGUGACUUGCUGCAGCGCAGCCAGGAGACGGAGGCGUUGCAGGAGCAGCUGCAGCGCCUCCUGCUGGUGAAUGCAGACUUGCGGCACAAGCUGGCCGCAGUACAAACCCAGCUGCGCGCUGCAUGGGACCGUGAGAGUGAGUGGGAGCCGCUGCGUGAAGGGACCGUGAAACUGUCUCAGCAGCGGGCACGGGAACAGUCCGGGGGUCCUGGGUGUGAGCAGAGGCAGGAGCCCAAGCGGCCGACCGCCGAAGCAGAAGUCCUGAGGACCCAGGAGGACCCGGAGGAUGCCCCGCAGCAGCCACUGUGUUCCUCCAACGUGGGGCAGUGUGGCUUCAGUCGAGAGGAGCUUGAGCAGAUCCUCCAGGAGCGGAACGAGCUCAAAGCCAAUGUGUUUCUGCUGAAGGAGGAGUUGGCCUAUUUCCAGCGGGAGCUGCUCACAGACCACAGGGUCCCUGGGCUUCUGCUGGAAGCCAUGAAGGUGGCUGUCAGGAAGCAGCGGAGGAAGAUCAAGGCCAAGAUGUUAGGGACCCCAGAGGAAGCAGAGAGCAGUGACGAUGAGGAUGGCUCAUGGCUCCUGCUCUCCAGCCACAAGGGAGACUACCCCCCGCCUCCCGAUUCCAGAAUACAGAGUUUCUUUGGCCAGUGUUAUCGGGGUGAAGUGGAGGCCCCUGAAGCCAAGAGCAGCAGCACAGCUCCCAGCGAGCCAGGGGGAGAAGGAGAGACCCCGCAGCGACCCCACUUGGGGCUUAUGGGCAGCUCCUGACCGGCCCUGCUCUGCUCUCGAUGAACACCUUUGUCUGGGGGUCUCAGGUGCCCCAGAGGCCUGACUUUGGAGUCUGACUGUGGGUGGAUGUGCGACCUCAAACGAGGACCGGGCUCCCUCCUUCCCAGCCUCCCAGGCUCUUUCCCGGUCUCGGCCUGACCCAGGGCAGCGCUGGGGGCUCAGCCUCUCUUCCUUCCCUGUCUCUCUGAGCUGAGCCACCAUGGUCAGGUAAAAGUGCUUCACCUCUGAGUCCCAGUUUCCCCAUCCAUGAAAUGGAGAACUGACUACCUACCUCCCAGAGAUUUGUGCAGAUGGCCUAAGCUCAUGUAAUAAAGUUACUGCCCGUGAUACCCAGAAA